AAAUAUAGCACAGCACAGAUGGCUAAGGAACAGGACAGCAGAAACAAGCCAAAGUGCUGCAGGAAACAAACUGCACUUUCAAUUAAUAGGGUUUAAGUAUCAUUUUGUGUUCUGCCACAGUCCUUAAUGCUUCUCAUCAAAAUCAGCCUAUGAAAGCAUCAGAGGGCAGUGGUGACACUGCACCCUUUGUUGCCAAUGUUACAGCUCUGUAAGAUCACCGACUCUUUGCUAAUCAGUAAUUCUAGAGCAGCCUGCAACAAAGAACUCCUCACUCAAGAGGGAGUUACAUUCUGUAUUAAUGUCUCCAGGCAGCAGCCAUUCCCAGGCCUUCACCACGUCCGAAGCCUGCGCGUUCCUGUUUUUGAUGACCCUUUGGAGGACUUGUAUAAGUAUUUUGAACAGUGCAACAAUGCCAUAGAGGACACAGUUCAAAGUGGUGGAAAAUGCUUAGUUUACUGUAAAAAUGGCCGCAGCAGAUCUGCAGCGAUCUGCACUGCCUAUCUGAUGAGACACCAAAAUCUCACUCUCAAGGAUGCCUUUGAGACUGUGAAGACUGCCAGACCAGGAGUAGAGCCCAACGCAGGAUUCUGGACUCAGCUGCAGAGAUAUGAAGAACAUUUACAGACGCAGCAUCAGUUGGGUCAUUCUUCUGAAAAAAUGAUUUCUUCCAAAUAAAUAUAAUUCUGAUUAAAAUUUUCUUUUUCAAAGUUUUAAACACAAUUGCUUCUAAAAGGCCUAGCAGGGCUGCAAAACCAACUAGAAGAACAUAAAACAUCCAGCCUUCUCAAUGUAUUUUUGAGGUUUGCAUGACAUUCAGAUUCUGCAGAUUAAGCAGACUUUUAAAAAAAUUCUAAACUUUAUGGGUGCAAAGAUAAUCUUCCAAAUGUGAACAGAGUGUAACCAAAGCAGUAUUAUUUUCCCCGAUCCUAUAAACAACCUACAACAAUGACAUGAGGUGUGAAUUUCCUCAUUCAGCUCA